CAACAUAAUUUACGAACGGUAUUGCACGUGAGUGCACGCGGUGAUUUCAAGUGACAACCUCACUUUUUCAACUUUUAUCGAGUUUCAAAGGUCCUAAACUUGAAUGAAAAACUCGUUCGUUCCACUACUUUGCCGUUGUUCACAGCUCUAGAAAGUGACCUUUGAUCACUUAUAAAAUCACAUUCCUACUGCAGAUAUCUUUUUGGGAUCAAAAUGUUGAAAAAUACAGUUACUUUGGUUACUGGUGGAGCCUCUGGCUUAGGUAGAGCUACUGUGGAGAGGCUAGUUCAACAAGGAAGCAAAGUAGUUAUAUGUGACUUGCCAAACUCCAAAGGCUCUGAGUUGUCUAAAAGUAUUGGUGAAAGUAACACCUUGUUCUGUCCUGUAGAUGUAACUUCUGAAAGUGAUGUCCAAGCUGCAUUAGAUGCCACCAAGAAGCAAUUUGGUAAACUGGAUAGUGUUGUAAACUGUGCUGGAAUUGCUGUUGCUUUCAAAACAUAUAACUUUAACAAGAAAUUGCCACACAAAUUGGAAGAUUUUGCCAAAGUUAUCAAUGUGAAUGUGAUUGGUACCUUCAAUGUAGCCCGUUUAUCCGUGGGCCUGAUCGGUGAUAAUGAUCCAAACCAAGAUGGGCAGCGCGGCGUGAUCAUCAAUACCGCAAGUAUAGCGGGCUAUGAAGGCCAGAUGGGUCAAACGGCAUACGCAUCGUCGAAAGCAGCCAUUAUAGGUUUAACGCUGCCAAUGGCUCGCGACUUAUCAUCACACGGCAUUCGCGUCUGCACUAUUGCGCCGGGUCUAUUUGAAACGCCAUUGCUUGCCUCGCUGCCUGAUAAAGUACGCGCCUUCUUAGCAAAAUCAGUGCCAUUCCCGCAACGUCUUGGCAAUCCAACGGAAUAUGCAAUGCUUGUACAAAACAUAAUUGAAAAUCCGCUACUCAAUGGUGAAACCAUUCGUUUGGACGGCGCCCUCCGAAUGCAACCAUAGGACUGACUUCGGUAUAACUAGCUAUGCGAUAUAUUUUCUUUAAAAUAUCAAUAAAUGAAUAUACAUGAAA